UUAGAAAGGGUCCCACGCGUGUGUUUUUACAGCGCAUGCUCGUCGCGGGGGUCACCGGAAGUCCGAAAGUUAUUAUUCGUUUCUUGUUCCACAUCUCGUUCAGUCAGCGCAGUCAGCUUCUUCAACGUUUUUCAUGUUCACAAAGCAGCGAAAGGUUGACUGUAACGAGUUCGUCUUCGGAGCCCAAUUAAAUAAUGCCAGGCUUUGAGCUGGAGCAGGUGGACGGUGGCAGUCCUAUAGAGCUGCCCCAGGGAGAAACUGUCCUGGGGAGAGGACCCUUUCUAGGGGUGAAUGAUAAGAGAGUGUCCAGAAACCACGGCGUCCUUGAGAACCUGAAUGGCCAGCUGCGUCUGAAGCCUACGCACCUGAACCCAUGUUUUAUUCAGACGAACAUUGUGGCUGCGCCUCAGCCGCUGGAGAAGGACCAGUGGCAUUGCCUAAAGGAGGGCGACAUCUUCUCUCUCAUGCCUGGGAAAUACAUCUACAGAGUGCAUGUCAAAGAAGAUGAUCAAACCCUGAGAAACAGUCAGGGGUUUGAGGAGGAGAUGGAGGUGGAGAAGUGUUCGAGUGGACCAGCAGCACCUUCUCUAGACUCGGCCACACUUGAAGCCAGCAGCUGCACGCCCACAACCCCGUGCACCACACUCACAGAAGAUAAAGGAACGAGUCAUCCUCCACACACUCUUUCCUCUCUAAACGAGGCAUCCACAAAGAGCCCACAGGACGAGUCUGAUGUGCCACAGAAGAAGCGGAUCUUGCCGGACUGGAUGAUGGCUUCAGCCAAAGGUGAGAGUUCAGGGGUGAAGGCCACACCUACAAAAUCCAAACGAGUGGCUACACCCAAGAGGACAGCGGCACCCAAACGUGCUCGAGCCAAGCCGGUGUCAUCUGAGGAAGAGGAGGUGGAGGAAGAGAUGCCCAAAAGGAAAGCAAAGAGACUGAAGAGUGACUCUGAAGAUGAGUCUGGGCCGCAGGAGGAAUCAACCGCUUUCAAGAGCAGUAGAGUCGGAUCAGUCCCGGAUGAAGAGAACAGCAACGGUUUGAUGGAGCGUGAUGGAGCUGAGGUCACACCAGGAGCUCAAGCUGAAGAUCCCAGUGAUUCUCAGGUCAGCCUGGGAUGCAUGCAGAGGAUAAGGCUCACGGAGAGCAAUACAAGCACCAGUAAGGUGAAAAAACAGCGACGGACACAGUGUCCUUACGGCAUCUCCUGCUACAGGAAAAAUCCGGUCCACUUUCAGGAGUGCAGUCACCCUGCAGACAGCGACUAUGAGGAAGAGGAGGCAGAGGAUGAUGACGAUGACAGGCCUGAGUGUCCGUACGGUACCCACUGCUACAGGAAGAAUCUGCUUCACAGGAAAGAUUACAAACACACUAAAUCACCACCCAAGACCGCAGCUGCUGAUGAUGAGGGUGAAGAUGAAGAUCGUUACGAAAACAGUUUUAUUAACGAUGAGAGCGAGGAGGAGGUGGAUGAAGACUCUGACUAUGUGCCCGAAUCAGACGACAGUGGCAAAGAGGACAUUAAACGUCUGCAGAAAGAAGCGAAAGCGUUCCUCAGGAAGAAGAAGUGACUUUUGUUUAGGGUAUUUUCCAUGAAAACAGCUUCUAGACACUAAUCUCACAACAACUAUCACACAUCUCAUACUUUCGGAGAAGGCUUUUUAUAAAAGUGUUAGUUUUAAAAAAAAUUUCCUGACCUUUUACCUUCACUAUUUAAGAUAAGUUUGUGUGUGUAUAAAUUUACAUACACAUACAUUAUAUAUAAAAUCUUAUUUUCUUCACAAUCUAAUGUUGGUUUGUUUUUAGAGCCAGGUAUUUUUAAACUUUUCUCUUAUCCUGUCUGCGUUUUUGUAAGGCUGCUCCAUCUCUUUUUAAGUCUCUUUUAUAUUUGUGUGGGCAUUUUUUUUUUUUUUUUUUUUUACUGUCUGGCUGUUUAUUUUUACUGCUGGGUCUUAAUUUGACCGUGGUUUAAAGUCAUAGGAAAAAUAAACACUAUUAUAAACCG